GCCGCCGCCUUGUCCCUCAGGGGCACCAUGGAGCUCUCCCUAUCGUCCGGAGGAGCCGCGGAGGCGCUCUCCUGGCCGGAGAUGUUCCCGGGACUGGAGUCCGACUCGCCGCUCCCCCCGGAGGAGCUGGACGCUGUUGUCCCGGUCAGUGGGGCCGUGGCCGGUGGCAUGUUGGAUCGGAUCCUUCUGGAGUCCGUGUGCCAGCAACAGAGCUGGGUCCGGGUGUACGAUGUGAAAGGGCCACCUACCCAUCGUCUGUCUUGUGGCCAGUCACCCUACACCGACACAACAACAUGGGAGCGGAAGUACUGCAUCCUCACAGACAGCCAGCUGGUGUUGCUCAACAAGGAAAAGGAGAUACCUGUGGAGGGAGGACAGGAGCAGCAGACAGAUUCCACCAAAGGGCGAUGCCUGAGGAGAACUGUCAGUGUCCCUUCCGAGGGUCAGUUUCCUGAGUACCCACCAGAGGGCGCCGCUAAACUGGAGGUGCCAGCAGAAAGGUCCCCCCGCAGACGGAGUAUCUCAGGGACCAGUACAUCAGAGAAACCCAACUCUAUGGAUACUGCAAAUACCUCACCCUUCAAAGUACCAGGGUUCUUCAGCAAGCGCCUGAAAGGCUCCAUCAAGAGGACCAAAAGCCAAUCAAAGCUUGACCGAAACACGAGCUUUCGGCUUCCCUCCCUUCGCAAUACAGAUGACAGGUCUCGUGGGCUGCCUAAACUAAAAGAGUCACGUUCCCAUGAAUCCCUGCUGAGCCCAUGCAGUGCAGUGGAAUGUCUGGAUCUUGGUAGAGGGGAGCCCGUAUCAGUGAAGCCACUCCAUAGCAGCAUCCUUGGACAAGACUUCUGCUUUGAGGUUACCUACUUAAGUGGAAGUAAAUGCUUCAGCUGUAACUCCGCUUCAGAGAGGGAUAAGUGGAUGGAAAACCUUCGCAGGACAGUUCAACCAAAUAAGGACAAUUGCAGACGAGCUGAAAACGUUCUCCGUUUAUGGAUUAUUGAAGCCAAGGACCUUGCCCCUAAAAAGAAAUAUUUCUGUGAACUGUGCCUUGAUGAUACCCUCUUUGCUCGUACAACCAGCAAGACCAAAGCAGACAAUAUUUUCUGGGGUGAACAUUUUGAGUUCUACAGUCUUCCACCUCUUCAUAGCAUCACAGUUCACAUUUAUAAAGAUGUGGAAAAAAAGAAAAAAAAAGACAAGAAUAAUUAUGUAGGGCUAGUCAAUAUCCCCACUGCCAGUGUGACUGGUCGCCAAUUUGUAGAAAAGUGGUACCCAGUGAGUACACCUACACCCAACAAAGGAAAGACAGGAGGACCUUCUAUUCGGAUUAAAUCACGUUUCCAAACUAUCACCAUUCUGCCUAUGGAGCAAUACAAAGAGUUUGCAGAAUUUGUCACCAGCAACUACACCAUGUUGUGUUCUGUUCUUGAACCAGUAAUUAGUGUGAGAAAUAAAGAAGAGUUGGCCUGUGCCUUAGUGCACAUUCUUCAAAGUACUGGCAGAGCCAAGGAUUUUCUGACCGACUUGGUGAUGUCUGAGGUGGAUCGUUGUGGAGAGCAUGAUGUCUUGAUCUUCAGAGAGAACACCAUUGCCACCAAAUCCAUUGAGGAAUACCUCAAGUUGGUGGGACAACAGUAUCUUCAUGAUGCAUUGGGGGAGUUCAUCAAAGCUUUGUAUGAGUCAGAUGAAAACUGUGAAGUGGAUCCCAGCAAAUGUUCAUCUAGUGAACUGAUAGACCAUCAGAGCAACCUGAAAAUGUGCUGUGAGCUGGCUUUCUGCAAGAUCAUCAACUCUUACUGUGUUUUCCCUCGUGAGUUGAAAGAAGUGUUUGCAUCCUGGAAGCAGCAGUGCCUGAACCGCAGCAAGCAAGACAUCAGCGAGCGGCUCAUCAGUGCCUCGUUGUUUCUCCGUUUUCUGUGCCCGGCCAUCAUGUCUCCCAGUCUCUUCAACCUCAUGCAGGAAUAUCCUGAUGACCGCACAUCUCGGACUCUAACUCUAAUUGCCAAGGUCAUCCAGAACCUGGCCAACUUUGCCAAAUUUGGUAACAAAGAGGAAUACAUGGCAUUCAUGAAUGAUUUUUUAGAACACGAAUGGGGUGGAAUGAAGCGCUUUCUUUUGGAGAUCUCUAAUCCGGACACCAUCUCAAACACCCCAGGCUUUGAUGGUUACAUUGAUCUGGGCCGAGAGCUUUCAGUUUUGCAUUCCUUACUGUGGGAAGUAGUUUCCCAACUUGAUAAGGGUGAAAAUUCCUUCCUACAGGCGACCGUGGCAAAACUGGGACCUCUCCCUCGUGUUCUUGCUGAUAUUACCAAAUCUCUGACUAAUCCUACACCAAUACAACAGCAACUGAGACGCUUCACUGAGCAUAACUCCAGUCCAAAUGUCAGUGGAAGCCUCUCCUCUGGGCUGCAGAAAAUUUUUGAAGACCCUACUGACAGUGAUUUGCAUAAACUAAAAUCUCCAAGCCAGGACAACACAGAUAGCUAUUUCAGAGGGAAAACGUUAUUGCUGGUUCAGCAAGCCUCCUCCCAGAGCAUGACUUACUCUGAAAAAGAUGAAAAGGAAAGUAGCCUACCUAAUGGCCGGAGCAUCUCCCUCAUGGACCUUCAGGACACUCAUGCCGCCCAAGUGGAGCAUGCGUCUGUCAUGCUUGACGUGCCGAUGCGCCUGACUGGAAGCCAGCUUUCCAUAACCCAGGUGGCCAGCAUCAAACAACUUCGGGAAACCCAGAGCACUCCCCAGAGCGCACCCCAAGUGCGGAGGCCCCUGCACCCAGCCUUGAACCAGCCCGGCAGCCUCCAGCCCUUGUCAUUCCAGAACCCUGUCUAUCACCUCAAUAACCCAAUUCCAGCAAUGCCAAAGGCCUCUGUGGAUUCCAGUUUGGAGAACCUAAGCACUGCCAGUUCCAGGAGCCAAAGUAACAGUGAAGACUUCAAACUCAGUGGACCCAGCAAUAGCAGCAUGGAAGAUUUCACCAAACGUAGCACUCAGAGCGAGGACUUCUCCAGGCGGCACACUGUGUCGGACAGACACAUACCUCUUGCUCUGCCACGGCAGAAUAGCACGGGGCAGGCCCAGAUCCGAAAAAUGGACCAGGCUGGGCUAGGUGCCCGAGCCAAAGCCCCACCAUCCCUGCCACACAGUGCUUCCCUACGUAGCACCGGGAGCAUGUCACUGGCAUCUGCGGCUCUGGUGGCCGAACCUGUGCAAAAUGGGAGCCGGUCCCGGCAGCAGUCCUCUUCCUCCAGAGAAAGCCCUGUUCCCAAAGUGAGAGCGAUCCAGAGACAGCAGACACAGCAGGUUCAGUCACCUGUGGACUCUGCCACAAUGUCCCCAGUAGAGAGGACAGCAGCCUGGGUUCUGAACAAUGGGCAAUAUGAAGAGGAUGUAGAAGAAACCGAGCAAAAUCAAGAUGAAGCCAAGCAUGCCGAGAAGUACGAACAGGAAAUUACGAAACUGAAGGAGCGCCUGCGAGUGUCCAGCCGGCGGCUAGAGGAGUAUGAGCGCCGGUUGCUGGUGCAGGAGCAGCAGAUGCAGAAGCUGCUGCUGGAGUACAAGGCCCGGCUGGAGGACAGCGAGGAGCGGCUGCGCAGGCAGCAGGAGGAGAAGGACAGCCAGAUGAAGAGCAUCAUCAGCAGGCUAAUGGCUGUGGAAGAGGAAUUGAAGAAGGAUCAUGCUGAGAUGCAAGCAGUUAUCGAUGCAAAGCAAAAAAUAAUUGAUGCACAGGAAAAACGGAUCGUGUCGCUGGAUUCGGCCAACACCAGACUGAUGAGCGCGCUGACCCAAGUGAAGGAGCGGUACAGCAUGCAGGUCCGCAAUGGCAUCUCCCCCACCAACCCCACCAAGCUUUCCAUCACGGAGAAUGGUGAAUUCAAAAACAGCAGCUGCUGACGGGCUUUGUGAAUAGACAGACUGGGGGAGGAGACAGAAGGAAAUGCCCCCGCUCUCCUAUCCCCAGCCCUCUCCCCAGCCACACCAGGUUUACAGAAUGUUGCUACUUCAGAACAGCAGGGUGGCGAGCAACUCUCCAAUGAAGAAAGGAACCUUGUCUUUCAGGGCAUAAGGCUAAGACUUCCAAGGUCGACGCUCCCCCCCUCCACCCCGCCCCCCCCCCCCACCCCCCAUCCCUGUGUACAUAGGGAACUUAGUUCUGGGCCAUGUACAGAAAAUACCACUGUAAUAUACCCAAAGGAAGUUAAUAAUGUAGAUUAACUUUUUAAUUAUUGCUAUUUUUAUUAUUGUUGUCCUCUUGUUGAAAACACUGCAGUUGUUAGAGGAGGCAAAGUAGGAGCUACGUGUGAAUGAGAGAUGAGCCUGGCGGCUCAGCUGGUAGAGACCACGUGUCUGUCUGAUAGAGCACGCAGACCGCAGUAGGACAUUGUCAGAAUGAAUUUUUCAGGGAUUCCUCUGCCAGUUUAAAAACCCCACUCCAGUUCCCUUGUCCUUUAG